AUGACAUCUAAUCCGCUUUCGUGUUGCUCUUUCACCUCAUUGGCUCAGGAACACUUUUUGGCCGAGGGCGCUCAUGCGCCAGCUGAACUGAUCUCCAUGGAAGCCAUUGACGAAUACGAUUCCGAUGACUCGCAACUCAAAGAGAAGGAAAUGGACGGCAUUGUUGAAGACAUUGAAAAAGAAAAUGUUGGGGAGCAAGCUCCAGUCACCAAAUGGAGUAAAGCACGCGAUGCGAUUCGCGAUUGGGGAGAGUCGUCGUCUUGCCAUGGAAUUCCACACAUGGCACAGGCUUCAACGUUCAUCGCUGCCGUCGUUUGGUCAAUAAUUCUAGCCUUUUGUGCCGUCGGAUUCGUCUACUUGUUCUCCGACACACUUGCCCAAUAUCUGCGAUUCGAAAAGAUUGUUCAAUUGAAUGUGAGUAAUUUUACUCUUCAAAUGACGCCACCACUCAUACGUUAA